AUGACCAUUUACCGUGAAAUGGAGGACGAGGACGGUGAGCUCCACAACGAUGGUGCCACGGGCUCGAUCUCCGGAGCUGGCUGCGGUGUCGAGACCGACUCAGAGGCGGGACUCUUUACCCCUCUGAUGGUCGGCAUGUCUGACCGUAGCUCCUGGUACGCCAACACUGACAAGGACGGCAAAAACGUGCUGAUCGGCUGGAUCAUCGAAAGCACCGGGUUCUCGGACGGCCAGCCCCAGGGCUGGGACGGCAUUCUUUCACUGCCACUUGAGGUGGGUAUCACCAUCGUCCGUGACAUCUACGACAUCGACGAGCACCUCGUGGGCAAGGGCGACUGGAUCGUGUCCGACACGAAGGACGUAUCGUGCGCUGAUGGCUCGACGAAGCAGAGCAAGACCAUCAAGACUCUGGGCCUGAAGCUGCUGAGCGACCUGCAGCUGCUGCGCAACGAAAACGCGUAUGAGGCGGUGCCCAGCGUGAAGUUGAACGGUUCGUCACAGGUGCUGAACUCGACGGGUGCGUCGUUCGAGUUGAUCGCUGAGGUACCGGACUUCGAGCGCGGCAGCAAUGCCGGCUUCGAGGUUCGCCGCAGCAGCACCGGCGACGAGGUAACGGCCAUCGUGUACGACGACGCAGAGAAGGUGGUCAUUGAUCGCUUGAACAGCUCGUCGGCUACUUGCGCUGUGUUCGCUGACAAUGGUGUGACCCCUACUUCGACCUCAGUGUGGAGCUACUUCUACCUGUACGACAUCUUCACGGGUAAUUCGACCAACGACGUGUGCGAAACUAAGCGCGAGAAGCUUCGUUUUCACGUGUUUGUGGACGUGUCGUGCGUCGAGGUGUUCGUGAACGACCGCUUCGCGCUGUCGGCACGCAUCUACCCGUGCGCCAGCCAGACGAAGUCGGACGGCAUUGCUCUGAUUGCAUCGGGUGACGCUACGUUUGAGAACGUGCAGGUGUGGACCGAUCCACAGUCUCCUGCGGCUGCUUCGCAGCCUGCUUCGCAGCCGCAGGAGACUGUGGAUCUUUUGUGCUAA